GUUAUAUGUACAUGUUGUGAUAUAACUAACAUCCUUGAGAUUUAGCUUUAUCUCAAGUAUGUUAUUUCAAAAUGUAAAAAAAAAAAUAUGUUAACGUACAUUUGAUGUGUCCGCGAACGUCGACGAAAAUAAUGUGCAGUGUUUUACGCAAGGAAUUUAAAUUGGCUCAUUUUAGCCUGUCGCACCACAGUAGAGAUGACUUUAUUUUUGCUCAGUGGGAAAGGACGCAUGCUGUAUUCCAAGUGUACCGAGUAUCUAUUGCUCUCUACACAUCAGCGUUCAUUCUCUACAUACUUUCAACAGGGAUGAGCAAUGAUAUGGCAUAUCUCACCACGUGGACAUAUCUGGUGCUGACCUUUUAUUUUCUGUUUUCCGCUUUUAACGCAAUCUUUUAUACGUGCAGAGGACACGUGCGCCAUCAGCAUGAAUCGGAGUCAUUGGCGUUUGCAGAAAAUAGAUCCGGUGAACACACAUAUGAUAGUAUCGCACACGAAGAAAUGGCUGACAGUGGCUAUUUGCAGAAAAUCAGCAGAAGUGAAAUAUCACCUACUAUAGAUGCUCAUGACAAUGUUAAAAAUGGACAUAUGCCAAGUUAUCUCAACCAGGAAGGCACCAGCCCAACAAAUCAUGAUGUAAUUACAAUACCAAUGAAAGCAGCAUGGGUUCUUGGAAAUACUUUGCAAGUGUUUGCAAUAAUUGUCAGUCUUGUGUACUUUAUUGUCCUUUAUCCUGCCAUAGGUCACACGAGUUUCUGGGAUAUCAACUUGCAUGGUGUUAACUCGUUUCUUGUCAUAAUUGACACGUGCAUUUCUGCGAGACCAGUCCGUUUGUUUCACUUAAUUCACCCUUACAUUUACGGCGCGUGCUAUGUUAUAUUCAGUGCCAUCUACUGGAGUUUUGAUCACGCGAAUAAUGUAUUAUAUCCGGGUGUACUUGACUGGAACUAUCCCGGAACUACUUUGAUAUGGGUCGCGGCUUUAACACUUGUUGUUGUCCCAUUAUUACAGUUAAUAUAUUUCGGUGCAUACCGUUUAAGAUUGAAUAUUUACCAUCGCUACAAUGCUUAGAUAAACUGAGAACUUUGAAAUAUUUGCUAGGGAUUGGGUAUGCGGAAUAAGGUUGAUGGAGGUUUGGCAAGCGGUUUGUUUGCGGCUGUACUGGACUCACAUUUGUCCCGUUCUUCAGUGUUUUCUUGAAACUUUAUACAAUUAUAGCUGAUAAAUAGAACUACAGCCUUGUUUUGCAUUUUUAUAAAACGUACUUCUUUGUCUACCUUUUGUGAAGUUUAAUAAAUGGAAAUUAACAAACAAACAUUAAUACAGUGAUGAACAGUUACAUUGCCGUAGUCCUGAGAGUUUAUAAUAUGGUGUGUGAAUGGAUGGGUGUGCGGGUAAAAUCAGCAAUCUUAUAUAUAUUUUCCUCAAACAACCGAAAAAACUUCCUCCCUUUGCAGAGGACUACAAUACAUUCUAAGUUAUUUAUCAUUCAUUGACUUAUAUAAUGCUGCAAAUAGAUCUACCUUAACAUAUCUGACAUGUGCAAGAUAUUCAAAAAAACAUCUGACUA